UUUUGUUGGGUCCCUCCCCUCUUCAAAUAUCCAGCAAACCUCCCCCCUCCUUCCCUCCCCACCAUUAUUAAAUCUUCCUUAACCGGCAAACUCCCCCUCUCACUUCUCUUCCCUCAACUGUCUUUCUUUCCUUCUCUUAACAUGGCCGGACCUCCUCACGACGCCGAGUUCUGGCUUCCGGCUACGUUUCUGACCAAGGAUGAUACACUCACGGUCAUGGGUAGAAAAGAGACACUCAAGAACAUGGAACGGAGAAGUUUCUUUGAUACUGAGUUAAGGCCACUGAGUCAUGGCUUCCCUACUGAGUUUCCUUACGAGUUUGACUCGCUGGACUCAGCUCUUAUAUCCCCGGUUGAUUCUGUUGAGGGGUCCACGGAGACUGAUAGCAGUGACGAGGAUGAGUUCUUUGUAGGUUUGAGUCGCCGACUCACCCGCUCCUCGAGUCAGAAACUCCCCGUGCCGAGUCUCACCCGAGACAGGGCCGAGAAAACCGGGGUCAUGGCGAGUUCGCCGCAGUCUACGCUGAGUGAAAUCGGGAGCUGGUCGGUGUCCGGUAAUCAGAGCCCGAACAGUUCCUCCCAGGUUCCAUCUCCUCCAACGACACCGUUUGGUGCCCAGAACGACGCUUGGGAUCUGAUAUACGCAGCUGCCGGGCAAGUUGCGAGGUUGAAGAUGAACGGCGAAGCACCCAAAUGCAACAACAGUGCUCUCUAUGGAAGAGCCCUUUCUCGCCCCCAAAAUCAGUUUCCCACAAAGAACCAACCGGCCCCCGGGCUGUAUUCUAACCAGAAUCUCGCUCAUAAUCUUUUUCAAUCGAAUCAGUAUCAGCAAGCGAGGCAGGACCAGUUGGUUAAGUCCCAGUGUGGCGCCGUCUGGGGAAGGCAAGUGAGGCCAAACUGGCAGGCGCAGACCCAAUAUCAACAACUGCAGAUCCAGGGCAGAGCAAGGAGUAAUGUUGGCGGUUGUGAGAAUGCAAGAUGCGGUCGCCUUCUGAGUCUGCAUCAGUCUUCAUGGCCUGCUGUUCAGACCCCAUCUCAGCCCCAACAGCAUUCCGGCUCCGGCAUGCGUGCGGUGUUCCUUGGUGGAUCUGGUGGUGUCAAGAGAGAAUGUGCUGGUACUGGGGUUUUCUUACCCCGCAGAUAUGGAAACCCUCCUGAAAACCGCAAGAAAUCAGGUUGCUCAACAGUUCUACUUCCUGCGAAGGUUGUACAUGCCCUAAAUCUGAACCUGGAUGAAAUCAAUAGUCUUGCUCAGCCAUACAUGACCACUGGUUAUGCUUCGAAUCAAGAUUCGAUGAUGGCCAAAAUAAAUGCUGCACUGUUAGCACAGCAGAAGUUCAGUUACAGACCAGAGGGGAGGGUAAACCAAGAUUUACUUCUUCCUCAGGAAUGGACAUAUUGAAUUCCAUCUGAAAGUGUUUGUUUUUGGUGUUGAUGGAGAAUUGUAGUUCUAAAUAGGUAGUUUAUUUAUGGAUGAUAGAUAUAUGGUACGGUAUUUUGGUUAUAAAUGGGGGUAAUGGAUUCUUCAGUAAUGUGUGUAGUGUAGGAGCAAUAAGUAUUAACAGAUCCUUGGCUUUUUUUUGAGGAGAUUGCAUUGCUGUUUUUGGGUUAAGCUAUAUAGUUCAUGUAAUAUUAAGAAGAAAUAGGAAGGAAAUGGUAUCUUUUUGGAUGUAAUAAGUGGGGUGGCUUUUCUUCAAAAUUAGGAGGUUUUUGAUGGGUAAAUGAGGAAAAUCCCCCUCUGCUUGUAAUAUCCCCAUUAAUAUUUAAUAAGAAAUUAUAUUUAUU